AGAAUUUACCAAAAUCCAGUGUGAUUCAUUAUUGAAAAUAAAGGGAUAAAAUUAAUUUUUUAUUUUCUAGGGGGAAUUGUUUUAUCUUUUAGCAUAUGACAGGAUACAAAAUGAAUUUAACGCAAUAAAUUUGCGAGAACAGAGUAAUUUCUUAAAGUGAUGCAGCAGCUCAAGUUCAGAACGAUGCUCUCCACAGCCAUACAUAGAUUCAGUACCCACCUUAUGCUACCCCUCCUGCCACCUAGGGGACACCGCCGGAGCUUUUCUUCUGCAACUUCCAUAGACUAUCAACCACUCGAGCACCACCCGCAGUGGUCCGGUCUCCACCACUGGCGGCGCAGUCCACUCAACCAUGACCGCUAUUGGGGGCCCAAUGGCCCAAUUAAAGGACCCAGUGAAAUUGAAUUCAGCUCGCCUUCUCCUCCACUACUGAGUUCUUGCUCUUCAUUGGCAGAAAUGGGCGCCAUUGUCCUCUCCACUGCGGAUCCCCUUACAAAAGCCGAGCUCUCUCACUUGGCCUAUACAAAAUGGCGCCAAAACAGCUUGCCUGUUGGAGUGUCUGAAGCCCCUCCUAGUCCUGCUCGCCCUCCUAAACCCCAACUGGUUUCCCCAAAAGAAAUUCCACCUCCAAAAAGCUCCGGUUUGCCCCUUAAUGCCUAUCUGCUGCAUAAUCUCGCUCAUGUUGAGCUAAAUGCCAUUGAUCUUGCUUGGGAUACUGUUGUUCGGUUUUCUCCAUACGUUGAGCUCCUUGGUGAAGGGUUUUUCGCUGAUUUUGCUCAUGUAGCUGAUGAUGAAAGUCGCCAUUUCAGUUGGUGUUUGCAGAGACUGGAAGAGCUUGGAGUAAGCUACGGCGACAUGCCAGCUCAUAGUUUUCUGUGGAGGGAAUGUGACAAAUCGUCGGAUAAUGUUGCUGCUCGGCUUGCAGUCAUCCCAUUGGUUCAGGAGGCUAGAGGACUGGAUGCUGGACCUCGACUUGUCAAUAAGCUAAUUGGCUUUGGAGAUCACAGGAGCUCUAACAUUGUCGCGAAGAUAGCCGAUGAAGAAAUAGCACAUGUGGCAGUUGGUGUUUAUUGGUUUGUAUCAGUUUGCCAGAAAAUGGGUCGUGCUCCUGGUUCUACUUUCACAGAUAUUCUAGAAGAGUAUGGCGUGGAGCUAAAAGGUCCUUUCAAUUAUUCUGCUCGAGAGGAAGCUGGUAUCCCACGAGAAUGGUAUGAUCCUUCAUCCACAAACGAAGGUAAAAACAAGUUUUCUGAGGUAUACGAUAGGCUUGCUUGCAUAAUUUCCAUGGAGAAAGAAAAUUCAAGUUUGGGAAAGCUACCUAAAUGAUUAUAACGCAAGUGAAGUUUAUUAGUCGCUACAAAUGGCUUUUCCAACAGCAUGUAUGCUUCCCUGCUUAAGGUAAAUUGGAUCUAUUUGAGCAUAAUUUUCUCCAAGGUGGGAAUGAAUAAUUUGUGAAGCAUUGCGAGGACUUCUUGAGAGUAAUUAUGGAGUAAGCAUCAGCCUCUUUAAGCCAUUUCUGUAGCUCUUCUUAGGAUUUAGGAUUUCUGAGUUAAAUUCUGUUACUAGUUUACACAGUAGAAAAGAAUUUUGUCCCGGAGUAAAAACUCUGGCAACUAGGAGGGAUGAUCAUGGAGCACAGAUUCAGCUAAGUAUAGAGUUCUAGAAGUGAUAUCUUGUAAUUGAGUAAAAAAUUGUAUAUAUAUAAGAUGUCGCAAAAAAGCGAGAUCGACUAAAUUUGUAUUAUAAAGGUGCUAUUCAACAUGUUUUACACAAAA